GCUGGGGUCUUCGCAGGCAGCCAGUGUCGACAUGCUGCUGGAGGAGGUCCGUGCCGGCGACCGGCUGAGUGGGGCCGCGGCCCGAGGCGACGUGCAGGAGGUGCGCCGCCUUCUGCACCGCGAGUUGAUGCACCCUGACGCCCUGAACCGCUUCGGCAAGACGGCGCUGCAGGUCAUGAUGUUUGGUAGCCCCACCAUUGCCUUGGAGCUGCUGAAGCAAGGUGCCAGCCCCAACGUCCAGGACAACUCCGGCACCACUCCGGCCCACGACGCAGCUCGCACUGGAUUCCUGGACACCCUGAAGAUCCUGGUGGAGCAUGGCGCCGAUGUCAACGCACCUGAUGGUACCGGUGCACUCCCCAUCCAUCUAGCCGUGCGGGAGGGCCACACUGCGGUGGUCAGCUUCCUGGCUGCUGAGUCUGAUCUCCAUCACCGGGAUGCCAGGGGGCUCACACCUUUGGAGCUGGCGCAGCAGAGAGGGGCCCGAGACCUCAUGGACAUCCUGCAGGGCCACAUGGUGGCCCCACUGUGA